AUGCUUACUGUCCAAGCAUACAUGUGAUUGACCUUCAAAAAAAAUUUUCCCAACUGCUCUGAAGGACUGACAAACACACUAAAUUACUUGUCCGCCGCCCCUCUAUCCCGGCACUAUCAAUCGCUUAGUAUUGGAAGCAAACCCUCUGGCCAUACUCGACGAGAUGACUGAGCCAGAUGCUCCGCCGACGUUCCAGGACCGUAUCCUAGGUCUUAUCCAGCCUGGCAUUCUACUUCCUUGGGCACUCAAACACUAUGCCAUCGUGGUAUAUGAGACAAUCUUCUACCGCAGACAACCACUUGCGCCUCUUCUCCGCUCCAAGGAGAUUCGCGAUGAGGCCUUCAGUCGAUUUUGGGUCGAGUUCUCCGUGCCUCCCAACGAGGAUGACACGCAGGCAGUCCCAGAUAUAAGCACGCUGACCGGCUCAGCCGCCUUGAUCCCACCAUUGCUCGCCAAAGCGCGGGGUGUUGUCCUAGACAUGGGGCCGGGAACGGGCUCACAAAUGCCGUAUUUUGCUGCUCAGCCAUCGCCUAAUAACAACAUCUCUGCGAUUUACGGUGCUGAGCCAUGCGUCGGCCUGCACGCUGAAUUGCGUCGACGAGCCACAAUUAAUGGUCUCGAUGGGAAAUACCACAUCGUGCCGGCUAGCGCCGAGAAAGCGGAAUUGCUUAGUGCUCUGCAGAAACAGGGCGUCCAGACUGACAAUGCAGGAGGUGAACCCGGUCAGAUUUUCGACACGAUUGUCUGUAUUCGAGUUCUCUGCUCCGUGCCCAAUCCGGAACGGACAAUUGCUGAUUUAUAUUCUCUUUUGCGUUCGGGGGGACAGAUAAUUGUUGUUGAGCAUGUUGUUAAUCCAUUUCCGUGGCAGAAAGGUGCGAGUGCUAUUGCGAGGGUUUCGCAGCUUCUGUUUACCCUCCUGGGAUGGAGCUACUUUGUGGGGGAUUGCCGGCUUGAUAGGGACACUAUGUCUUAUUUAUGUAAGGCGGCAGAUCAGGAUGGAGGGUGGGGAAAGGUUGAGCUGGAACAGAGGUUUUUAUGGUCAGCUAUGCCUUAUAUAGCCGGAACUCUGACGAAGAGACUGUAGAUGUAUGCAUGGAUAUAGGUUAUUCAUACGAGCUUCAAUGCUGUUUGUUUUGUAUAUGUCCUUGAUUUGGCGUACCUUCUAUUACGUGAUAGUUUGGUGUUAUAAGGC